AUGCCGCCUUCGAGCGACUACGAGAUACCCGCGCCUUCAAAAAUCAAGCUCAAGGAGACCAAGGCGGAACAGGCCUCGCGCGUGUAUCGACGCGAACAGCGGCGCAUGGCGCGCGAGCAAGAGCGGAUAUCCCGCGCAAACGGAGGCGGCAGCCGCAGCCGCGGGUCGCCACCCAGAAACCCAGGACGUGAAGAGUCCAUCUCGCCGCCAAGAUACGGCCCUCGCGCAGGCAAGCGGCCGGCCACACAGCUGAGCGACGACAGCGACGACGACGGUGCCGAUAACGCGCACCACCGCAUGGGGCGCGAGGAGUGGGCCGACAAGAUGGCUUGGAUGGCUGCCGAGGCCAUGGGCGGUAACCCGUUUGGUGACUAUGGCGGACUUGGUGGUGGUUUGUUCGGCAGGCUUGGUGGCGGGUUCGGCGGCGGGUUUGGCUACAGCGCAGCGCGUUUCGAGCCAUAUGGAUGGGCGAAUGCUGGGCAACGCAUUCCGAACCGACACCAGCAUCCCCAUGCGGGCCCGUCUCGUCCCGCCUUCCGCGACGCCGCGCGCGAAGUCAACCCGGACCCCGCUGGACCAGUACCCCCGCUCGGUGACAUGACCGAGAAUGAGUACGCAGAGUGGGUACGCGAAGGCAUGUAUCGGCGCCGCCACAAGGCCGAGCUCGACGACAUGGAGCGCCGUCGUGCCGCCAACCGCGAAAAAGAGCGGCAACGCGAGAUUGAGCGUGAGAACGCCGCGCGCGAGGAACGCAAACGCAUCGACAGGCUCAAGCGCGAGCGUGGGCGUGUCGAGGAAGACCAGAGACGGGGCGAACGACGCGUCUGGCGCGCGCGCUGUACCGCUCUCAUGGACGGCGAGGUCGUAUCGAUGGACCUCAAGUUCGCCGACAUCCCCUGGCCAGCGUACACGGCUACUGGAAGUGAAGGGGUCAGCUUCGUCCUGAGCCCCGACGACAUCGCCAUCGACAACGUCCGCACGUUUCUGUUCGCGCUCGCCGACGACGAGGCAGCUGCGACCGAGCCGAAAAAGUCGACCGAGAGCGCGCGCCGAAAGGUACUGCGAGACGCCAUCCUCGUCUUCCACCCCGACAGGUUCUUUGCCCGCGUCCUUCCGCGUGUGCGACCGGCCGACCAGGAAAACGUCAAGGAGGGCGUCGAGAGGUGUUCGCGUCUUAUCAACGAGCUCCUCGCCAGCAAGUAG